AACAAGAGUUCCUCUCUUCUUACCAUAUUUCCUCUUUUAUUCCACUUCUUAGUUAUUAUCCAGUAGGUUUGUAACAGUUUCCUUUGUUUCUAGCUGUGAGACACGAUGCGGUGAGAUCGCCAUGGACAAGGUAGUGGAGGGUGUAGAGGAGGCGAAGAAAGAGUAGGCCGAAGCGUAUUGUCGGACCCAAGAGCAUAUAAAGGCGAUCGCAGAGCAUGGGAUAUCUAGGGAGGAGAAAUUCGAAUUCGCUUCCGAGAUUGAACGGGCUUGCGCAAGAUGGCUUGGCUUCGCUCUCGUCGCUCCAGUUCAAGCUCGAUCUUCUUGCGCCACAGUUGCCCGCCGAUGAUGAAGUCCAAUCUGCUACCGCUUAUCUCGAGUCUUGGAAGAACCAAUCCCACAAUUUGCGAUUGAGUCUGAGGAUUGCCAAUUUACAAGCAAAGGCUAACAUGAGGAAACCUGCUCAGGAAGAGAGAGAACUACUUUUGGGUGGUGGAGGAGAAUCCACAAUUGGCAGACGCAACUUACAAACAAAAGCCGGAAUGACAUCUGCUGCUGAAAGCAUCCCUGAGAGCCUUCGCUGCACUCGCCAAUUGAUGGUUCAGGAAGUGGAAAGAAGUGCGAGCACGCUCAUGACUUUUGGUAGAUCGUCUAUUUCAUUAUGAUCUCAGCAUUAUUUCUUGUAUUUGAUGUACUAGGUCUGGAUACUUUUUCUGUUUCUAAUGGUAAGCUUAUAAAGAAUGACAUGCUAUUAGCUGAAAGGGUUGAAAAAUUUAAGGAACUAUUUUGAUAUGGCUACAUGAUUUAGAAUUUACUUUAGACUAUUGAUCAAUUAGACCAAAUAUAAGGUAGGGUAGAAUCUUCCUGUGGUAGUGGUCCAAUUGAAGCUGUGGUGAAAUGUUAUUCAUUUUCUAUUAGGGUAGCCUCACAAGGAGAUGGUGUUGGCAUUGUUUGACAUCUGGUUGAUCUGCCUAUUCAUUGCUCAGUCAUAUUUUCAAGAUGGAUAAGCUAGAUUUAUGAAAGAAAACAGUCUUCAACCUGCUAUAACCGAUCUAAAUGAAGAUUUAUGCACAUUUUUUUUAGUCCUUGCAAUUUGUGCAUUCAGGAUGAAAUCCAUUUGGAGUUACCACUUCAUUUGUGAGUAGUAUUACUAUCUUAUCACUCAUCAUUUUCCUCUAGUCUAUGAAUUUCACCCGGUUGUGUUCUUGUGGCUGUUCCUCUGUGGGAUCCUAAAAUUCUGGUCAUUGGAACGUUGCCCCGGUUUUAAAAUUGAAUUCUGAUUGUUGUAUGCCAGCAUCUUUCUUAUGAGGUUAGAAUAUUUGAAUCAACUCAUUCGGGUUAGCUUUGAGAGGAAUCAACAGGAAUAUUAAAGAAGGCAGAAAGUGAAUACAAAGGGCACCGCUAGCUGUUCAUGCAAACCCGAAACCUACUCUCCACAAUGCAACGUCAAGAUGUCAUUGACAG